AUGUGUACAACGUGCGGUGGCGUUGGUGCCNNNNGGGGGCACAUAGAUGGCCCGCGUCAUUGCCAGCGAGCUCUACAUCAAGUUCAACGUUUGGCCCGGGUUAUGCCUCUCCGGCCCGAUGGUACGGUCUUCGUUGCCCGUUCUCUUCGUGCUUUUCUGCCCGUGAUGAAGGAUGAGCUUGGUCGUGAUAGUGGUCUUCGUAAGCCUGAAGCCCUAGUCCAGCACAUCUACAAGUACGAGGCCGUUCGCGCAAGAGAGGGAGUACAGCCAUUCCCUAACGAAGAAGCCUUCCCUUGGCCCGAGGUUUACUCCGACAUCAAGCCUGACGAAUGGUUUUAUGCACCUGAGACUGAUGACGCCCGCCGCCAGCUGCGUCGUGAACAGUUGGCUGGCCCGUAUUCGUUGAACUCCUGGUGGAGGUGGGAUCCUAAGAUCGAGCUCGAGGACGUGUCCAAUUGGGUUUUGAAUCGCUAUAAGUCUGUCGGCCCUUAG